AAAGAACGUUUGAAUGAUAUAUAAGACAGUUUUAAAAAUAACUUCUAUGGACCAACGCGCUUCUAAGUUUCAUUACUUUAAUCCAUUUUCAUAUUAAAUACCGAAAAUGGAAGAAAAGUCGAUUAAAAGUGCGAAAGAAAAUGGGAACACCAAAGAUGUUGAUUACGACGAACUUCUGUCAUCGGCUGGCGAAUUCGGUCGAUACCAGAUAUUUCUGUUCUUCGCUACGUUUCCGUUUUACGUAUUUGGAGCGUUCUCUUACUUCACCCAAGUCUUCUUAACAGAAACUUCGCCAAACCAUUGGUGUAUGGUGCCAGAACUUGAAAAUUUGACUAUUCUGGAAAGAAGAAGUUUGGCCAUACCAUUGAACAAAGAGUCACCAUUCGGAUAUUCAAGAUGUGAGCAGUAUGACGCAGACUGGACUGAAGUUUUAUCGUCAGGAGCCACCUUAAACAGAACAUGGAACACAGUGCCUUGUAAGCAGGGUUGGGAAUUUAAUAAAACAGAAUUCGCUUACCCAACAAUAGGUAGCGAGAUGGGAUGGGUGUGCGAAAGAGACAGUUAUCAAGCAACUGCACAAUCAAUGUUUUUUGUUGGAUCAAUUGUUGGAGGUUUUCUCGUGGGAUGGAUCGCAGACCGUUUUGGAAGGAUACCAGCUGCCGUAUUUAGUAACAUGGUUGGAGCUAUUGCAGGCACAGCUACAAUGUUUGCCUCUAAUUUUACGGAAUUCACAAUCUGCCGAUUUUUCAUGGGGAUGUCGUAUGACAACUGCAUGAUGAUGACUUAUUUGCUGGUGUUGGAAUACGUGGCUCCAAAGUACAGGACAAGAAUGACUAACUUAUCAUUUGCCCUUUUCUUUACAACGGGCAUUGUUUCGUUGCCUUGGAUAUCAUUGGCUUGUGGACAUUGGAAAACAAUAGCACUUGCAACAAGUCUGCCUAUGGCACUGUCUCUAUUAGCUCCGUUUAUUAUUCCAGAAAGUCCAAGAUGGUUAUUAUCAAAGGGAAGAAUUGAUGAGGCAAUAAAUAAAAUUACAAAUAUAGGACGUGUCAACGGAAAAGUAGUACCACAAGAUCUAAUUGAAGGCUUUAAAUACACCACACUGAACAGCAAAAAAGUGCCCGGAAAUAUAAUGGAUAUGUUAAAAAGACCUAUUCUAGCAAGAGUCUUUGUUUGUACUUGUAUAGAAUUUAUGUUUUGCAUGAUAAUUUUUGACGCUCUUGUCAGAACUAUAGGGCAGCUACAAUUCGAUUUUUAUGUAUCUUUUACUGUUAUAUCUUUAACUGAAUUUCCCUCGUUGGUCCUACUGUCUUUUAUAUUGGAUUACACUGGAAGAAAGUCUAUGAUAUUUGUAGCAAUGGUCGUAUGUGCUAUAUUCAGUUUUUUGAUACCAUUUGUUGGUGGUGGUUUAGCAUCGGUGAUAUGUGCAGUUUUGGCAAGAUUUGCAGUGAAUAUGGCUUGCAAUGCAGCUAUGCAAUGGACAGCAGAAAUGUUACCAACAUCAGUUAGAGGUUCUGGUUCAUCAAUAACACACAUUUGUGGAUAUAUUGGUACAGUGAUAUCACCGUUUGUAGCAUACCUUGAAGUAUUCAGGUCUUGGCUGCCGAUGAUUGUGGUUGGAGGUAUUGCAGUUCUAGCUGCUUUGAUUAGUAUAACGCUUCCUGAAACGGCUAACAGAGAUAUGCCACAGACAUUUGAUGAUGCAGAGGAGUUGAUUAGAAGUCAAGGAUUCUUUGAUUUACCACGUAAAAAGAAAGUCACUAAUGAAAAUGCUAAGGGCCAUGCGAAUGAAAGCUUUGAACUUAAUUAGAUUUAUGUUUUUGGUAUUUUGCUCUGCCCAGUGCAUUGUGAUUAAUGUUACGCUAGAGCUUAAUAAAGAUUAUUUGAUUAUCGUAUAGUACUAGAGCGAGCGAAUGUGGAAUUUUUCAAUAACAU